CACACACAUACACAGGUGCUGCUGCUGCCCUCUCGCAGGGAGGAACUGGAAUUUUUUCUCCCACCUGAUCACUUACUCCCAAAAUGGCUGUCAGAUCUCAGUACCAGCAGGGGUAUGGACUGGAAGAUGUGGUGUGGGAACAGUAUACUGUCACAUUGCAAAAGGAUCCCAGAAAAGGAUUUGGCAUUGCCGUUUCUGGAGGAAGAGACAAUCCACACUUCCAAAAUGGUGAAAACUCCAUUGUGAUCUCAGACGUACUUAUAGGUGGGCCUGCAGAGGGUCGACUUCUUGAGAAUGACAGGGUUAUAAUGGUUAAUGGAACCCUUCUUGAGAAUGUGCCACAUUCGUUUGCUGUUCAGCAGCUGAGAAAAUGCGGGAAAACAGCAGUUCUGGUAGUGAAAAGACCAAGGAAGGUACAGUUGGGUCCUUCAAGCAAAUCAGAGCCUGCCUUAGAUGUAAUGGAUGACUAUUCUGAAUAUGAAAGCAGAACUGCCUAUAGUGCAUAUAGUGACAGGAGUGGAUAUGGGGGUUCCCGCAGCCGUGAUCCAAGCCCAGACAGAAACAUUCGAAGGGACCAAGAUAGAGGUCAAUAUCAUGAACGUGAACAGGGUGGUUAUGGCAGCCGUGCCAGAAGUGUUGACCAAGAUCUUAAUGUGGAAUAUGGACAGAGGCGGGACCACAGUCGUGGUAGGAGCAUUGACCGAGAUCUAGACGAGGAUCGUGGGUAUAGAAGAGACCAUAGUCGUGGUAGAAGCAUAGACAGAGACCUGGACGAUGACCGUGGGUACAGAAGGGAUCGCAGCCGUGGUAGAAGCCUAGAUCGUGAGCUAGAUGAUGAUCGUCAUUACAGGAGAGAAAAUAGUCGUGGACGCACUAUAGAUAGAGAUGAGAUGUAUGACAGAGGUGGAGAUUACAGUCCAGAGAGAGAUACAGAAAGGAGAACCUAUGAAAAGGAAAUUCAGAAAAGCCGUAGUCGAGAUAGGCUACAGUCUCGUAGCCCAUCACCUCAACCAAAUAAAGGUUCAGACAAAACCAAGAGUGUUCUUCUGACAAAGAACAAGAAAAAUGAAGAAUAUGGCCUUCGCCUUGGCAGCCAGAUCUACAUCAAGGGGUUGACAGGCACUGGUUUGGCAGGAAAAGAUGGGAAUUUGCAUGAAGGAGAUAUCAUACUCAAGAUUAACGGUACUCUGACUGAGAACAUGUCUUUACUGGAUGCCCAGGCUUUAAUAGAGAAAUCUCGAGGGAAGCUUCAGCUUGUGGUUCUUAGAGACAAAAAACAGACACUGAUUAAUCUGCCUUAUGUGGAAGACAGUGAUUCGGAAAUGGAAGAGGAUCAUUCACACAAGAGGAGGAAUCCAAGGUCUAAGGAGCCAUAAAUCAGGAACGGACUCAUGACAUGAGGUUUUUAAAGGCCACAAGAACAUUUUUUUUUAUCUACCCUUUUUCCUAAAUUUUUGGAAAUUAUUUGUAUUUCAUAUUCCAUUAAAACAUUGAUUAACCAGAGAAAAAAAA